AUGGAGUGCAUGCGCAGUCACUCCCCUGCCCUCCGCCCGGUCACGCGCCCCCCGUCCCCUCUCCGGCACCCCGGCGGCUCUGCCUCCCUCCUUCGCCCUCCGGGCCGCCCCGGUCCUCUCGGGCCCAGCACCACGCCGCCCUGCGGCCACGGCUCCCAGCGCGCACCCUCCCCGGACCCCCGCCCCGAGCGCCUCCACGCCCCCCAAGGGCCUGCCUCCCCGGGGGCUCACCUCCGCCCGGGGGACCCGCUGGCCUCUAAGCCUCCCCGGCUCCGCCGCCUGCUCCUUCCCGGGCUCGCCCGUCCUCUCCCUGCGCCUGCUCUCCCGCAGCCUCCCGGCCUCCGCACUCGUCCCGCUUCUGUCCCCGGCGCGCCGGCCCGGCCUCGCCCCAGCGCCGUUGCCCGCGAGCCCAGGGGCGCGGCCUCCCGGGAGAGCACGGUCACCGUCGGCGGAAUCCGGGGCUCGAGCCCCGGUGUCCGCCUGCAGCUACGCCGUCCGGGGAGGAGGCGCCUCCAGGGGCGGCCUGGGGGUCAGAGGGCCCGGCCCGGGGCCGCGGGGAGGCGGUUACGGGCGGCGGGAGGGGCCAGCAGGGGACCGGCGGGCGCGGUGGGCCUCGUCCUGGAGCUGGGCGGCCGGUGCAGCGCUUCGGGGACCGCAGAGCCCGUGGCGGAGGGUCACCCGGCGCGGGAGGCCCCAGACGCCAGGGAAGGGCUUCAGGCAGGAAAACGACGGGAAAGGCGCGUGGAAGAGAGGCCGGGGGCGGGGCCCGGCCUCACGGGGACUGGGAACCGCGAGGGAUCUGACGAGGUGAUUUUGCAAAACCUGAGGCUGGCCAUGCUUCAGGUGCCUAGAGAUGGUGACGAAGGAGGCAGGGCCACCUCCGGGAGCGCAGGGGAAGAAGAGCAGCAUCACACUUCGCCUCAGAAGCUGCUUCUGGAAUGUAGCCUCUGCGGGAAGGUGUUCAGCCGCGCCAGCUCCCGGAGCAAGCACUACCUGACGCACAGCCAGGAACGGAAACACGUUUGCGGAGUCUGCAGCAAGGCCUUUAAGCGCAAGGACCACCUGACGAGGCACAUGCUCACCCACCAGAAGACCAAGCCCUUUGCGUGCAUGGAGCAGGGCUGCAGCAUGAGCUACGGUGAUGACCGCUCCCUACGCCGGCACUACGAGAUCCAGCACGGCUUGUGCAUCGUGAUGGAGCGGCCACCCCAGUUACCACCCACCCUGGUGAGUGGGCAGGAGGGUGGGACCCUGCCAGCCGGCCUGCCUCUGAUCCAAGGCCAGGCAGCGCCUGCCAGCGCUGACCCUUCAAACCACAACUUACAGUGGCUCCAGAACCUGCCAGGCUGCCCCGCGAGUGAAGGGAACGAUGUGUUUACCAUCCAGAAGCCAACAUCAGUGUCCCCUCAGGAGGGCUCUGAGUCUGGGCCCAGGCCCAGCAGCACCUCCCUGACGGGGGAGCCCUCGCCCAGCGGUGGCCGCAGUCUGGAGGAUGCACUGCCCCUCCCCCCCACCGACCUGAAGGCACCUGGGGAGGCCUCAGAUGGCCCUGGAUAUGCCAGCGAGGAAGGGGACACCAGGGCUUCCAAGAAGAGCGAUUCUGACAGCGACUCCUGCGGGCUGUCGUCUGACAACACGACGCUGCUCUACGGGCAGUUGUUCCUGAAGUCGCAGGAGUGUCUGGUGAGUCCAGGGCAGAUGCAGGUGUUCCAGAUGAUCACCAAGUCCCAGGUGUUCAUCUCUGGCUCCCAGGUGGCUGUGGCCUCCUCCCAGCAUGCUGCGCCUGAGGGCAAGCAGGCUGCGCUGAAGCCACUGCAGGGGCCGCGGCCACACCAGCCCCCACCACUGGCACCCACAGUUGACUCCUUCCAUCCUGGCCCUGCAAACCCAGAGCCAGAGGGAUCCCCGCCCCACAAGAGAAAAACCACGCCCGCCUUCCCCGGGGAGGCCUUGCCUGGCAGCAAUCGACGAGACACGUAGGGAGGACCAGAAGUGGCCCCUGCACAAUGGGAACCUGGGGACCCAGACGUCCCCUCUCUGGCCAAGCAGCUGAGAUCCACGAAAGGGCCCUUAGACCUGGGGGACAUCCUCCCCACAGGGGGCCCAUGGCAGACCCAGCUGGGUGGGGACAAUCCUGCCGGAGCCCAGCUCCCAGGGAAGCAGGCCCAGGUGGAGAAUGGCCUGGCCUUGGGGGCCAUGAAAGGUGCAAAGGGCCCGGCCUGCUCCCGGGGCAGAGGCCGCAGGCUGUUCUCUGGCAACAUGUGGGCCCAAUGUUUCUUGGACUUCCAGAAGGAGAAGGUGAAAAUGGACACACACUGUGCGGCCUCUCCCAGCCAGGUGGCCAUGGCCUCCUUCUCAUCGGCCGGGCCUUCAGUGGACACCCUGCAGGACUCAAAGUCCAAGCUGAUGAUACCCAGCAGGACCCAGGUACCUGACUUUAUGCUUAACCAGCAAAACGGAGGCCCUGCAGACUGGGCAGAGGCAAGGAGCACGUGUGUCUGCAGGAACUGCAGCCAGAUGUUUCACACACAGGAGGGGCUGACCAGCCACACGUGUUUUCCCAACAACCAGUGGCUGCCACCUCGAGGGAAACAGGACCAGCAGGUGUCAGGCACAGAGUUUUUCAAGCCUCUGAGUCAGGCGCUGAGGGUGGAGGUGGAGGCGCAGACCCUCCCAGGAGCCAUGAGGCCCCCAGACGGCACGAGCACAGCUCCUCUGGGGAUGUCUCUGGGCCCAGGACAGGACGGAGACCAGAAGGAGAGAGAUGCGGAGGAGACCAGCCAGCCCAGAAAGCGGAGAAAGCGUCCGCAGCCCGAGGCAUCGUUCCUGCCUCCUGCCCCUUCUGCCUCUGGGGGGCCGGGCCCUGAAGAAGGCCACCAGAGCUGCCUGAGGUCUCCGGUGCUCCUGGUGGACCACUCCCUGCAGGGACUGUGCCCGUGCUCUCCCGAUACGCCGCCCCCGGUGCUCAGCCCCAUCCGGGAGGGCACGAUGCCAGGAGGGGGCACCAACCUGGAGCUCGCUCUGCACUGCCUGCAUGAGGCCCAGGGUGAAAUCCCGGUGGCCCUAGAGACCCUCUUAUUCAGCGGACCCCAGAAGCCACCGACUCACCCGCUGUCUGACUACCACUACGCAGGUUCAGCCAUCUGGACCCCCACAGAGAAGGAGCUGUUUAAUAAGGCAUUCCAGGCUCAUAAGAACAACUUUUCCUUGAUACACAAGAUGGUCCAGACAAAGUCCGUGGCCCAGUGUGUAGAAUAUUACUACACCUGGAAAAAGAGGGUCCGGUUUACUACAUCUUCUCGGGCCCCGGGACUGAAAAAGAGCGUCAAAAGGAAGCUGGCCGAGGCAGACCCCACAGAAACAAAGGCCACUGCCAGCCCUAAGAAGAGACGCAACCACCAUCCAACCCCUGAGUUGAAGACAGAGACGGAGAGCUGCAGGGGACAAUCUGUGGCCAACACCAGCCCAAAUGCUGCUCCCAAGCAGACCCCUGAGCCUCCGGGGUGCGUCCAGGGCCAAGGCGCUCCCUGUGGGGAGUGUGAGAGGGUGUUUGACAAGAUGUGCACUCACUAUGCCCACAUGAAGCGGCACCGAAAUGAAGACCCAGUGGAAACAACUGUCGGGGAGGAGAGGCCAGCGAAGGCCUUUAAGGUGGAAGAGGAGGAGAAGGAGGAGAAGGAGGAGGAAGGGGAGACGGGGGCUGACAUGGGCCCCUUGCAGGGGGAUUUGGGCCGUGAGCCGGGGUCAGGCAGCCCGUCAUUGGGAUGAGGACCUCGGGCCCCAUCUCCUCUCCCUUCCGCCUCCCCGAGGAGUCCAGGGCAUCCCUCUGCCUCCACCCCCACCUCCCCUGCGCCCCACUGACCAGCCCAGCUUGCAGACCUGCGUGAGAAGCGCCAUCAUCAGACACUGUUACAUCCUUGUCAGCUGGUGCCAGAGGCCCCGGCCCCUUUACGUGUGCCCUGUGCCUUCAGACCAUAGUCUUGUGAUGACUUGGCUCAUUGUUAUUUUUUUUUUCCAUGUCAAUCUGUGAACCCUAUUAAGUUUUGUUCUGAAGCAGCUGUCUUCUGGCUUCUCUGGCCUGUUGAGCCAGCAAAGGCUUUAGGGCUCCUGCCACUCGCCAGCACCCCAGAAACGCGUGAGCUGAGUCUCCGCCCUGGAGGGGCCGCGUCCUCGUGCAUGCCGGGAGCCGGCCCUGAGGUGCCUGCCGCAGUGUGUGUCCGCACCCGGUCCAUGCAGCGGGCCCACAGCGACACAGGAGGGACCCAGGUUUCUGAAGAUGAGGCUGGACGAGCUUCCUGGGAAAUCCAUGAGCCGAUAGAGGGGGAUGAUGGACAGCGCUCUCAGGGACACCUGUCCAAAUAAGGGACGUGGACACAGAAAAAUGACUGGCCC